UCUGUUUAGACAUGCUCACCACCCCCCCCCCCCCAUCCUGUUCUACUUCAGCAUCAGAAGGAAAUGAAGCCACAAUGAGAACAAAAAGAGCUGUCACACCUUUUGUCCCCUGCCUCCUCCUUCCCUCUUCACAGUCUUACCCACAUAGAGCUACUCCACCCCAGUUGGACUGUAGCGUGACAUCCCUGCCUGCCUGAGGGAGGAAUGAGAAGGGGAAACUACAACUGCAGAUAAGUGACACCCAGAAGCCAGGAGCUUCUGUAAGUACCAGGUCUGCACAAGACCCAAGUCAGCGCAAUGGCAAUGACGCUGGAGGAAUUCGUUCACUCCCUUGACCUCAGGACCCUUCCCAGGGUUCUAGAAGUCCAGUCGGGCAUCUAUUUUGAAGGUUCCAUUUAUGAAAUGUUUGGAAAUGAAUGCUGUUUAUCAACAGGAGAAGUAAUUAAAAUUAUUGGUCUCAAAAUUAAGAAGAUCAUAGCUGAAAUUUGUGAGCACAUUGAGGGUUGUGAACGUCCGCAACCAUUUGAGCUGCCUAUGAAUUUUCCAGGUCUUUUUAAGAUUGUGGCUGAUAAAACUCCAUACCUUACUAUGGAAGAAAUUACGAGGACCAUUCAUAUUGGAUCAAGUAGACUAGGGCAUCCUUCCUUCUAUCAUCAGAAGGAUGUAAAACUAGAAAAUCUCAUUAUAAAGCACGGUGAGCAAAUCAUGCUCAACUCAGUUGAAGAGAUCAAUGGAGAAAUAAUGGUGAACUGUGGAGUGGUAAGGAAUCAUCAAAAUCACUCAUUUACCUUGCCUUUGUCACAAGAAGGAGAAUUCUAUGAGUGUGAAGAUGAACAUAUUUAUACCCUAAAGGAGAUUGUCGAAUGGAAGAUACCCAAGAACCGAACACGAACUGUGAAACUUACAGGUUUUUCAAAUAAGUGGGAUUUAACAAAUCCAUUUCCUAAAGGCUUUUACGGUGCUCUGAUUCUCAAGCCUGUUUAUGAAAUUCAAGCUGUGAUGAAAUUCCGAAAGGACAUAGUCCGCAUCCUCCCCAGUUUAGAUGUUGAAGUCAAAGACAUUACUGACAGUUAUGAUGCCAACUGGUUUCUUCAGCUAUUAUCUACACAAGAGCUCUUUGAAAUGACCAGUAAAGAGUUCCCCAUAGUGGCUGAAGUCAUAGAGGCACCUCAAGGAAACCAGCUGCCCAGAAGCAUUUUACAGCCUGGGAAAACCAUUGUGAUCCACAAAAAGUAUCAGGCAUCGAGGAUCUUAGCUUCAGAAAUUCGAAGCAAUUUUCCUAAAAGGCACUUCUUGAUCCCCACUAGCUAUAAAGGCAAAUUCAAGCGGCGACCUCGGGAGUUCCCAACUGCCUAUGACCUUGAGAUAGCAAAGAGUGAAAAGGAGCCUCUCCAUGUGGUGGCCACCAAAGCCUUUCAUCCCCCUCAUGAUGAGCUGUCAUCUGUAUCUGUCGGGGACCAGUUUCUAGUGCAUCACUCACAGACAACUGAAGUCCUUUGUGAGGGAAUCAAAAAAGUGGUGAAUGUUCUGGCCUGUGAAAAAAUCCUCAAAAAAUCCUAUGAGGCAGCACUGCUCCCUUUAUACAUGGAAGGAGGUUUUGUAGAGCUGAUUCAUGACAAGAAACAGUACCAGAUUUCUGAGCUCUGUUCGCAGUUCCACUUGCCUUUCAAUGUGAAGGUAUCUGUGAGAGAUCUUUCCAUUGACGAAGACAUUUUGGCUGCUACACCAGGACUGCGGUUGGAGGAAGCCAUCACAGACUCUUACCUACUCAUAAGUGACUUUGCCAACCCCAAGGAGUGCUGGGAAAUUCCUGUCAGCCGCUUAAAUAUGACUGUUCAGUUAGUUAAUAGUUUUUCUAAGGACACAAAAUCAUUUCUAGUCAGGACUCUGGUUGAAGAGAUCACUGAAGAACAAUAUUACAUGAUGCGAAGAUAUGAAAGCUCUUUCUCCCACCCCCCACCUCGCCCUCCCAAACAUCCCACAGUGGAGGAAACAAGGUUAACCCUGCUCACCUUGGCAGAAGACAGGGCCGUAGGUCUGCCUAAGUCUCCCAAGAGUCUCCAUGUAGACAAGAAACUGCACUCAAAUCAAGCUGGCCUGGAUUCAAAAGUACCAGUUGGUUGUCAAAAUGAUUCGGCCGAUCUGGAGAAAGAGAAAAGCAAGAGUGGGGCAACUGUCAUAGCAGCCACCAAUGUAACCACAGAAAUCUCCAAAAGUAAAAAACAUCAAAAGUAAUGAGAUGCGACUGAAGCCACCUGGGCAGUGAACAUAAAUGUUGCAAUGGAAAAGUAAGCUUAGCCUUCAAGCCGAAAACAACUAUUCCCCAACAGACUUCAGAAGAAACUUGACUGGCCAUGGCAAAGGAAAAACACAACCUUAAAAGUUUUAACAGAUAAUACUUAAAGAGAAACCUAUGAUAUGGAAUUCACAUAAUCUAUUCUGUUGUGCCAAAAUCUGUAUAUAUGGUUUUAUUGUUACUUAGGACAUAUUUAUUUAAUGUGCACACACUUUCUGUGAUUCCUGUUUCCCCUGCCAACCAUGAAUCAAUUGAAAAUGAAUUUUAUAUUUCAGUUUCUAGGUGAACCAGUUGAAAAUAUGUUGAAAGCCCACCAAAUAUUUUCAGGGUUUCAGAAUUUGGUUUCUUUCUAGAAUUUUUCUAGAAUUAUCAUCAUUCCUGCUAAAAAUAACUUAAAAAAUAAUUAUAUCUGAGAGUGAUUUAAAAUACCCAAGUUUUGGGGCACCUGGGUGGCUUGGUCGGUUAAGCGUC